GUGCGAGGGAGACGGACAGAAUCCGUAGCAAAGGAGCAGACGAGCCCGGCGAGCCAGAGCGCGAGCCCGCCCCAGCUUCUCCGCACCGGGUGAGGGCUGCUUGCCUGUCGGGAGCGCUCCAAUGCCUGGACCUACCCAAGCGCUGUCCCCAAAUGGCGAGAACAACAACGACAUCAUCCAGGAUAACGGCACCAUCAUCCCUUUCAGGAAGCACACGGUGCGAGGGGAGCGUUCCUACAGUUGGGGAAUGGCGGUCAACGUGUAUUCUACCUCUAUAACCCAAGAAACUAUGAGCAGACAUGACAUCAUCGCAUGGGUUAAUGAUAUAUUAGCUUUAAAUUACACAAAAGUUGAACAACUGUGUUCAGGAGCAGCUUAUUGCCAGUUCAUGGAUAUGUUGUUCCCAGGGUGUAUUAGCUUGAAGAAAGUAAAAUUCCAGGCAAAGUUGGAGCAUGAGUACAUUCACAACUUCAAACUUCUGCAAGCAUCAUUUAAAAGAAUGAAUGUGGAUAAGGUUAUUCCAGUGGAGAAACUGGUAAAAGGGCGCUUCCAAGACAACUUGGAUUUCAUUCAGUGGUUUAAAAAGUUCUUUGAUGCUAACUACGAUGGGAAAGAAUAUGAUCCUGUGGAGGCCCGGCAAGGCCAAGAUGCUAUUCCACCACCUGAUCCAGGCGAACAGAUCUUUAAUUUGCCAAAAAAAUCCCAUCAUGCAAACUCCCCAACAGCAGGUGCUGCCAAAUCCAGUCCAGCUUCAAAACCAGGAUCGACGCCGUCUCGUCCAUCAUCAGCAAAAAAGACACCACCUAGCAGCUCUGCCUCCAGAUCUGAUAAAGAUUUGGAGACACAAGUUAUACAGCUCAGUGAACAGGUACAUUCAUUAAAACUUGCACUUGAAGGUGUGGAGAAGGAAAGGGAUUUCUAUUUUGGCAAACUAAGGGAGAUUGAGCUUCUAUGUCAAGAACAUGGCCAGGAAAAUAAUGACUUUGUCCAGCGAUUAAUGGAAGUUCUCUACGCUUCAGAAGAACAUGAGAGCCACGCAGAAGACCAUGAAGGCGAGGAACAGGUUCAUGAACAGCCCCAGCAGCAGGAAGAGUACUGACCACCUGACACAUUGGAUAAUUUUCAUUUUGUGUGGGAACUUUCUUCUGAAAAAUAGAACAUGUGUGGCCUCAGACUUGAAACCAACCACUCUCAGUCUGCCAUCAACAUAAAUGUUCCAUAGUGAGUGUCAGCCAGUUGCUGCAUUCUGUGCCCAUCCUUUGCCAAGAUGUGUUUGCAGAAGUCUUCUGUCGGAGUUUGCACCUGAGAAGGUCUCCAGGCUGUUUCCACCACUGCAACUUCACAAUUUGGCUGCUUGAGAUUUAUUCAGCUUUUUAAAAAAUAUAUAAAUAUAUAAUAUAUAUUUAUUUUUUCCUUUUGUCUUAAGUAUGAUACGUUUGUAAUUUGUUAAAAACUAUUUAUAUGGGCAUCUCUUAUGGCAAAAAAGUAUUGUUCUGUUUGGUUUCCUCACAUAUUGUGGUCUUUUUGGUCUGCCUUGUGCAUAAAUUUAGUCAGUGUGAAGAAGGGGAAGCAACUAAAAUUACACUCAGAUUAUACCUGUUCCCAUUUAACACAACACAUCACAAGAAAGCAACUUUUUCCUAUCUUAAAAAAACUUUAAUCCUCCUGAUGUUUACACCAAAGCAUGUUAGAAAGCUGCACAGUAUAUCUUCAUUUGUGGAAGAUAGAUGCCUGCUCAACCAUUAGAUUGAGAGUUUGUAAACACUUCCCCUGCAACUAGAAACUUAUUUCUUCCUAUUUGGUAUCUGUUGGUUCAAGAAAAGUCUUGACCAUUGUAUGUCUGCCUGCAGAUGACGCUGAGGUUCAAGCUUCCACAGCUAGAAAUGGGGAUGCUGCAGAACAACCGCUUUCUUUCCCCCUUGCAUUAUGUGGAGGAUGAACAUGUUCACGAUGAUACACUUGGCUAUGCUGAACCAGUUACAAGCACAAUCACAUGUAAUUUCCCUUUGCAGUCUUUUAGUCACCUUUGAAAGAUAAUGUUAAUUGAGCACCUGUUCCACACAGUUGCUCCGUGUCAGUUUUCAGACAUACGUUUUGGAGGUAUAUUAUCUGGAUAUGAGAAUAAUUAUCUAAGAUAUGAGAAUAAUUAUUAUGUGGUCUGGCUGCGACUACUAGAUGGAUUGAGAGUGCAGAAUGUUGGCUUGCAGAAAUGUUCAUUGCCUUGUGUUUCAAUAUUACCAUUCUUGUUAAUCUUGCACUUGGAUGAUGGCAUUUUAUAAAUAGAAAUAUAGCAAAUCAUGUAUUAAAACAUUCCUUAUUUCUUAAA